AUGCGUUUGGGUACUGCAGUCGCGAUCUUGUCCUUUGCGGGCGCGAGUCUGGCUCGGUUCGGACAACAGCAGCAGACUCCGAGCGAGAACCCAUCUUCUAGAACGAGACGUUUCAUCGUAGAGCUCGCGAAAGACUCGGAUUUCAAGCAGCUCCAGACAGACCUAUCCGCUUUCACCGGUGCAACAGUGUACAAGACCUUCCGCAGCGACGUGUUCACAGGAAUCAGUGUCACGCUGGCGGGCAACAACGAGGAGGACCUGCGUCUCUUACGAGGUGCGAGCAAUGUUUGGCCAUCACGCAGAGUCCAGAGAGCCGUGGUCGAGGAUGGCCAGGAGUUCAGUGGGGGUAUCUCGGGGAACAACUACAAUAUUCACGGCAUCACUGGUGUGCAGAGGCUUCAUGAUAAAGGCAUCCUAGGCAAGGGUGUUAAAGUUGCUGUUGUUGAUGCCGGUAUUGACUAUACACAUCCGGCUCUCGGUGGUGGAUUCGGAGAGGGCUUCAAAGUCAUGGGCGGAUAUGAUCUCGUGGGCGACUCGGACUGGCCAAGCGGUGAUGGACCUAAGCGUCCCGACAAGGACCCGUAUGAGCAAGAUUCUCUCGGCGGGCACGGCACGCAUGUCAGUGGGAUCGUUGCCGGAAAGUCAGAUACCUGGCAAGGAGUUGCUCCUGAAGUCAACAUCUUGUCGUACAAGGUGUUUUCCGGAACUAGUGGCGAUACAGAUGAAGAGACUCUGAUUGAGGCGUUUCUGAUGGCUCAUAAUGAUGGCGCCGACAUCAUCACCUCUUCGAUCGGAGGUCGCGGAGGGUUCUCAUCCAACGCCUGGGCCGAAAUUGCUUCCCGUCUCGUGGAUCAGGGCGUCGUCGUGACGAUCUCCGCUGGCAACACAGGCGAAGGUGGUGCGUUUCUCGGGGAUAACGGUCAAUCUGGACGAAGCGUGCUCUCCGUGGCGUCCACAGAGCCCUCAUACGUCCCGGGAAUGCCCUUUGAGGUGACCUUUGACUACGGAAACGGGAGUGUUAACAAGUCGAGGUAUGGGUUCUUCUAUGGCGGCCUCACACACAGCUUCCCCCUCAACUCGAGUCUUCCCAUUACCGCAUUGUCCUACGACCCCCUCAACACCACAAUCGGGUGCCGCUUCUUGCCACCGGGGACGGUGAACUUGACGGGCGCUCUUGUGAUGGUUCCCCGCGGUGGCUGUAACGGCUUCAAUAAGCGAUAUGCUCUUCAGUCUGCCAGCGUCAAGUAUAUGUUACUAUUCAACGACAACGAGACUUUCCCGAUGCCUAAUAGCUACGAUGUCUACCGCACAGAGGGCAUCACGGAGCACGCUGUGGGCGUUGAAAUCCUUGCUGCGCUCGCGAAAGGCGCCAAGGUGACGGCUCGGUUUUUCAACGAGUCCGAUUCGGAUUUGGUCAACCUGAAGAACCCCGCCGUUGUCAGCUCCUACUUCACUGCCAUGGGCGGAUUGUACGAUCUCCAGAUCAAGCCUGACAUCGCAGCGCCCGGGAGCAACAUCUUUUCCACUAUCCCCCAUGGAAGAUAUGGCCUAAAGUCUGGCACGUCUAUGGCCACGCCGUACGUGGCAGGUGUAGCUGCACUCUUCAUCUCGAAGCACGGUGGCAGAAACGUCCACGGCGCCCCGUUCGGGAAAAUGCUCUCAGCCCGGAUCCUGGCCAGCGGCGAGUCCCUUCCGUGGAACAACGGGCUGAAUAUGACAGACUAUGGGACGACCCGGGCCCCGAUCUUCCAACUCGGCAACGGCUUGGUCAACGCUACCAAGGUCCUGGACUACCGGACGGAGCUUUCGUUUGCCAAGUUUGCGCUCAACGACACGACGAACUUCCGCACUUCGCACUCUGUUAUGAUCACGAACAAUUGCACGGGUCCCAUUACGUACAGUUUUUGCGUUCAGACUGCGGGGACGUACGAGGUUCUAGAUGAUAGGGACAACAUCAAGAUGGGCCCCCAGUAUACGGGGUUGGUUCCAUUGGCUGCGCCGUUGGUCCCGAACGUGACGUUUCCCAAGGAGUUUACCGUUGGUCCAGGAGAGACCAGAGAGGCAAAAUUCACGUUCGAACACCCCAAAGGCGGAAACCAUUCAGCCAUGCCCCUGUACAGCGGCAAGAUUCGCAUUCAUGGCUCCAACGGGGAGCAGCUCUCGGUCCCUUACAUGGGCGUCGCCUCCGAUCUGCGCAAGACCUUCAAGAAGAUGUUUGUCGACGAGUACCCGUACAUCAACUCGGGAGCGGAUGACAUUCCUAUGAUUCACAAGACCAACUUCUCCUUUGACCUCUCACUGGAAGCGCAGGAUUUCCCAAAACUCUACAUGAACUUCCGAUGGGGUUGCUCUGUCCUACGCUGGGAUAUCUUUCAGAGAGGUUGGGAGGAGAAGAGUUGGGGGACGUAUCCGCCUGUUCCUGGGGAAGAUGGAUUUGUUGGACAUGCUGCGACCUGGGACAACGAAAGGCACGCUACCGUCUUUGAUCCAGAUAAUGACAACGACUUCGACCUCAUCCGGGGUCCCAUGGGAGAGUUCUCGAGGGAAGAUUACAACUACGCGCCCUGGAGGGCGUGGUGGCUUGGCAGGUUCUCUGACGGCUCGAAGAUCAAACCUGGAAAUUACACUAUGCGAAUUGCUGCGCUGAGUCCGUUUGGAGACCCGACGAAGAGCGAUCACUGGGAUAUCUGGAGGCGCGACUUCAUGGUUGUUGGCAAUCAAACAUCGCCUGACAGUUGA